AUGGCCCCAAUGUCUCCAAUUGAAUCGUUCUCCUGGGAUCCUUGCCUUGUCUUUAAUCUUAAUCUAAACGAGACGACGUGUCGAGGCUUGACUCUUAAAGGAGUCCGGUGCAGGAAUCCCUUGAACCAAACAUUGGAUCAUGAGAUUAGGAGACUUGUCUCCAGAUUAGGCCAGCAAGACCCUUCUGACAUAAAGCUAAAGCAUAUCAUGCCAAUUGCAAACUUACUAUUGUGCAAACGCAACCAUCGUGGAGAACAGGACGAGGACAAAGCUACCGAAUUCUUCGAGGAUCUUCAAUAUUUCAAUGACUAUGGAGCCUCCCGAUAUCAGACUAAGAAAUCCCUAAAGCUCGCAGUCGUCAAGGAAGAGAGAGACACAGCUUUGGAAGAUGCCAUCAAGCUCGAGUCUGACUUGAGAGAUAUUACAGAGCAGUUGCACCACGAAGAGGCCAAGAACAAAAAGCUUCGUGCCAAAGUGAAGCCUCUGGAGUUCAAAUGUGAGGUCUUUCUCAACAAGCUGAGAAUGCAAGAAGACACAGCAAACAAGCACCUUGCAGAAAUCGCCCGCCUCUCCUGCUUGUCGAGCUCGCAGGAAGCGGAAAUAGCAGAGCUCGAAUCUGCAAGUAAACAUCAUGAGGAGGAGUCUGACAUCUUCAAAAAGGAGAAUGACCGGCAGAGAAGAAGAGAUUCUGACUUGCAAGAAAAAGUUGACAUGCAAGCCCAGGCUCUCGACCAGCAGAGAGAAAGAAACCAUAACUUGCAAGAGGAAGUUGACAUGCAAGCGCAGACUCUUGACCACGAGAGAAGGAAAAAUUACAACCUGCAGGAGGAGGUUGAGACGCAAGCGCAAAAUCUUGAACAAAGAGACAAUAAGAUUGAGGUACUGCACAGCAGCGUCCGCGACACUGAAGCCAAGCAUAACGGCCACAUCAAAGAAAUGCAGCUCGAAGUCUCUAAAAGAGACACCUUGUUAGUUCAGCAAAAUAAAUUGAUUGAUGCGAUUCAUUCGAGAACCAAGAUUGAAAGCCAGGAGAAUGCGAAAUUGAGAAAGCGAGCUCUUGCCCAAUUCUUCAUUAACCACGUUCAGCAAAGCAUCAAGCAGCGCAGAUACGAGGAGGUUGAGGCAGACAACCGCACGUUGUCCAGCAGUCAGAAAAGCCUGCAGUACGCUUUGUGCAAUCUUGAAGGAGACUUGAAUGCUUUGGAGGUAGGCGAUCACUUCGCAAUGAGAUGA